CACGUGACCUGUAUCGCGGUAAAUACGAACCAGGAAGAAGUUGUUGGUUUUGCUUUUAAUAGCGAAAAGCUGAGAUCAUAAAAAAUAUGGCGUCCAGAAAAUUCGUCAAAUUGGUGGGUUACAUUUUACCACCAAAGACAAACAACAUGGAAGAAGAGUCCGAAAACGACGACGAAGAAAAAGAGACAGUGCCCGAGUUCCUGGAUAUGAACGAGAUGGAUGCUGUGUCUUCAGGGGGAUUUAGCUCUCAGCAGUGUGCACCUGCGGCGGGUGAAGUGGAUUUCAUGUGUAAUGGGAAGAAAGAACGUGUUAAGGGCCGAUUUCCUCUCAUGAACCCAUGGUGGGAGAUCUCCUGUAGUGCCCAGAAGUACAAACAUAAACUGGUGGUCCAUGGUUACCCGUCCUACAAACUGCGGACAGACCUGAAACAUGAUUACCGCAGUAUGGUGUCACUCUUCCUAAAGGAGUGUGAUGUGGAUCCUUUUUUUGUUACCCGGUUGAUGGAAUGGUUGCCAGAAGACAGAUAUGUGGACCUCAUUAACAUAGAGGAAGUUCUAUGCAAAUUUGGGGAGAGAGAAGAUGGGCAAGAUGCUAAUUAUGCCAAGUCUUUUUGUCUGAAUCAGGUAUUAGUAGAAUAUGCAGGUUUUUAUGUAAGAGCUGCCACCGUCUAUCCUUCAAUCAUGAAAUAUCUGCCACAGUUGCUGCCAGGGCAGUUUUUAAAUCUGCUGAAAAAAGGAAAAGAGGAAGAGAAGGAGGAGAAACAGCACACAAAAGAAAAUGAGGAUAACUUGGAGGCUUUACCACAGAAUCAUUUUAAGGUUCCUUUAUUAGCCAGACUGGAAGACCUCAUUAAGAGUGAUAACAUGUGGAAGUUUGGCUUUGGCUAUAUCAUGUACAAAGAGUUUCGGUUAGUCAGAUGUGAGACUACACUGCAGGAUUUUAAGUCCUGUGAGCUAUUUAGCAAAAUGUCCCCAGAGUAUCAGAAUGCUCUGAAUGUGUACGACGAAAUUAAAUCCUACUGUAGUCGUUCUGGCCACACCUACAUCGAUCGGAAGGUUCUGGAACAGAGGAUGAAGAUGCAGAUGCCAGAAAACAAAGUUUGGGAUGCCUUGGCCUUUCUCCGCACUCAGGGAGUGCUGAUGGUAGAAAAGGAAAAGAUUGCCCUGAAGAACCUUUACAACUAUGAGAAAGAUAUUGCUGAAUGUCUUCAACAGCUUAUAGAGGGGGAACCCUGGAAGAUUGACUUAGACGUAAGGGAGGUUCUCCGUGCCGAACAGCGUAAAAGAAUAAGAGUCCCUCUUUCCACCAAUACAGGGUCUUCUGCUUCAGGAACAAAUAGGGAAGAUAAUAAGUCUGAGAGAGAGUUUGCUUCAGACUUGGAUGUAGAUGAGGAACCUGAAGCCACUGCAAUAAACCUAGACCCAGACCAGGUGCAAGCAGCAGAGAUGAUGUGUGCCAAUGCAGUGACGGUGAUCAGUGGAAAAGGGGGCUGUGGUAAGACCACCGUGGUCAGUGUGAUUUUUAAAGCUGCCAUGGAGCAGCAGGAAAAGAACGGAGCGGUUGAUGAGAGCAAUGAAAAGGAGGGUGAGCAGAAAGAAGAUGAAAAAAUGCCAAUAAAGGUUCUACUUACUGCUCCUACAGGCAGAGCUGCAUCACUUCUCACCAAGAAAACCUCCUUUACAGCUUAUACCAUGCAUCAGGUCUUGUGGAGUUACAUGCUUGCAAAAAAAUGUCCAAGUGGGAAUCCAUUAAACUGGAAGUUUGCCAAAGUUCGAGUGCUGGUGGUAGAUGAGGGAAGUCUUGUGUGUGUGCAGACCCUUUCUUCCAUCCUGUCAAUACUCAUCAACCAUGCACAGCUACAAAAGUUCAUCAUUCUGGGAGAUAUAAGGCAACUGCCCAGCAUUGAACCAGGAAAUGUCCUCAAUGACCUUUUUAACAGUCUAAAGAAAGUAAACUGGGCCAUUGAAAUGCGCACCAAUCACCGUGCUGAAUCAGAGCUUAUUGUCCAAAACGCUGGAUUGAUUGCAGAUAUGGGUGUUAAAAAAAAGUUUUAUCCUAUAAACUAUGAUGCCACUGUGGAUCUGGGCGAAAAAUUCACAUCAAACUUGCCAUCAAAUGACAAGAGUUUUAUUGAGAUUCUUCUUCCAAAAAAUGAAAAGGAUGAUGAUCUCCAGAAUUCUAUAAAAUCCUUGCUGAAUGGCAAAGCACCAGGACUGAUGGAUGAUGCGUCGUCACAAUUUAUUGCGUACAAAAGGACAGAAUGUGCUCUGAUUAAUGAGCUUUGCUGCAAGCAUUAUUCUGGCCAUACCACCAAGAAUUGUAAAAACAAAAUGGAUUUUCAGAUUAACGAUAAAGUGUGUUGCACAAGGAACGGCUAUGUGACCGAUAAAGACAAAAAAGAAGAAGCAGCCAAAGACAAAAAGGAUGAGGCGGAUGGAAUUAAAAUUCCAAAAGAGCGUUUGUGCAAUGGGGAGAUUUUUUUUAUUACACAGGAUCUGACCAUAAAGGAAGACACUUCAAAGAAGUCCAUUAAAUCAAGGUACCUGACUCUUGAUAACAAGCAAGGCAAAAAGCUGACUGUUGACUACAGCGAGUUAAUGAAAGAGUGUAAACUCCGGCAUGCUUGGGCACGAACUAUUCACACCUUUCAGGGCUCAGAGGUAAAGACUAUCGUCUUUGUUCUUGACAAUGGCAUCUCUCAAACUUGGAAACACGUUUAUACUGCAGUCACGAGGGGUCAGAGCCGUGUGUAUGUCAUAACAAAAAUGAAUGGGCUCGAGAACGCUAUCCGAGGACACGUCAUCAAACGCAACACACGACUAGAAGCUCUUGUUUUGGACUUGCUCUAUGAUUUAGGUAUCGCAAAGAAAGAUUUUCUCAGUCAGCUAAGUCAGUCUCAAUUCAACACGCCAAAGCUAGGUUCUGGAAUGCAGAAUUUUCUAUCAACACCAUUUUCCAGCCCUGGUCCAUCCCAAGCUUUCAAAAGAGUGAAUAAUUGUGAGAACUUGAGCUUGCAAAACCUGAAUAACCCUGCUAGUGGGUUUGGUGACCUCAGUUCAGCGAGUUCAAGUCCCGGUAAAAGAGAGAGAAUCGCAGACAACUGCACCACACCAUUCAAACAAAUGAAGGUGAACACACCAGUGAGCUGCUCCAAGCUACAGAACUUGUCUCUUCAAAGCAUCACUCCCAGAAAGCUUUUCACAAAACCACCUCAGUCACACCAGGACCAGUGAUUGCAAGAGCAGGGAACAGCAGGAAGAGUCUGCCAAAGACCUUAAUUAUUAUCAUUUUUUUACAUACCAAAGGUCAGAGUGAGACUUUGUGUACGUUUGUAGAAUUGAAGGUGAUUCACCUUUAAACUACAUAUAGAUCCACCAAAGUACAGAAGACCACUCUGUAUUUUUGUGUUCAGUGUGUGUUCCAUAGAAGUGUCACAGUCAUAAUCAUGAUUUCAUCAGAUCGAUGCAUUUUUCACAAUCGCAUUUCUGAGGUGGUGUGUUUAUUUUAAUUCAGUUUUCACAUUAUGCAUGAUGUAGUAAUUAUAGCAUAUAGUUUUUUAUUUUUUCGUUAGAGUUUGGAUACAAAUACUUGCUUCCGCAUUAUAUUAAGAGAACAAAUCAGGGAAGAAUUUAUGAUAUAUGAACACAACUUAUAAUCAUGAAACUUUAUCAUAGCUAAUGUUUCAACAGAAUGUGGUUAAACCAUUUGAUUAUAUUGCUUCUAAUCUUUGCACGUGUACCGCAUUGCUAAUAUACAUUAAAAUACAAAUCAGGUCAUUAUGUCUGUAAUACACACAAAAAGUUUGUUGAAUUUGCUGAUAAUAUAUUUUAAAUAAGGCUUUAUAUUAUUAUUUUAAUGUGUAAAAUAAGCAACACAAACUUUUUAUUAAUGAAAUGUCCAUUGUUCUUUGUAACAAGGUUCAUUCUGGCCAUUUUUAAGGAUUCCUUAGUAAUGAAUGUUUAAAAAGAUAACGAAUUAAUAAGAAAAGAUUUUUUGUAAUAAUUGCUGGUGGUCUCACACUUGCUUUAAAUUCCACUGGCAUUAAAAAAGUUAUUAAUUAAUUUAUUAAUUAAGGAUGUAUUAAGUACUUUAUAAAGGGCACUUUAAGGCAAAUCUACCCAAACAAUAUACAAUUAACAAUAGUAAAUGAUGCAUAUUAUCUUAUACUGUUCCACCUUUAUACUGGGGUUAAUCAUGUUUCUGAUUCCCCCGAUUUAAAGCAUUAAAUGUCAGUGUAUAGCAAAAAAAUUAUUAAUCGCAUUGCGCUUCCAAUCCUUUUAGAUGGAAGUGCAAUGUAUAUAUUAUCAGCCCAAUUUUAUGCCUAUGUUUUAAUUUCUUUUUUCUACCUUUUCUUUUUUUUUUUUUUUUUACUGGUGCUGAAAAUAAACUGGAAUCAAAUUCAAUAUCUCAGAUGAAUUCACUGUAAAACUCAGGUUGACUAAAGUGUAUUCAACUAUAUUAUAAUAAAAUGAUUGCUGGAAUGAGCAAAAAGA